UGAGUUGUCUAUGUUGACAUAAUGUGACAGUUAAAUUUUGGUAAAAAUCAUCGUCUAAAAAUGGAAGAUAUUAUAAAUCAUUUCGGAAAAAUAAUAUCAAAAACAGUGAUGGUCCAUAUAUAUUCAUUCCCAAGUUUCUCAAUCGAAGUGUUUCUUUCGUUGAUUUUAUGCGUAGUCCACAUCCUUUUAAUAUAUGAAGUUAACGACAUCUUUCAAGCGACAAACGCUAAGGCCCUUUCAAAAUUAAGACUAAAGCAUCCCCAUCUAAGAGAUUCGGACAGUUGUUCGUACCAAACUAUAUCCAGGCUGCAAGUUUUCCCCCAGAAAAUAGAAGCAACCACAAUGCGUAAGUCUUUUUUUGCACAACCAUGUAGAAAAUUGUCGAGGAAGAUGAGUAACAGAUCUAACUUUGGAUGGGUAAUACCUCGAAAGGAUUCAUCUAUGUUCCGGCAUACUUACACCGACAGAAUAGACCAGCUUCUUUCUAUUACACCUAGCGAAUAUGUUAGAAAAGACAAAGAACGCAAGAACAGAGAAGCUGGACUUAAAUCUUGCAUAGAGUCGUUAACGACGUUGUUGGAAAAGGCUUUGAGCAACGAGCAUGCUGACUUGCACAAUCUAUCUGGAGAAGCAUUAAGGAAGAGCAUCAAUCACAUCAAGGAAAACUUCGAGAACCAAAUUGUUGGUGAUACCAAGCCCUGUAAGUUUCCGGAGUUUGGUGAUAACAGUUUACACAGUUUGAUCACGAAUUCCUUGAACAACAAGCCUUUGAAGACCACUGCUCAUAUUGUAAGCUUUAAUGUUACCGAGGACGAUAAAAGUGAUAAGGUAAGCGGUAAAGGUGAUAUCAAUUAUCGAGACUCAGAAGCAACACUGGAUGGAGACAAUUCGGAUGGUAGUGAAUAUGGUAAAGAAUCGUGUCUUCGUGAAGCAAGGGGUGAUGCAAAUAUUUCAGCGUAUGGUACAUAAUAAUAAUAUAACACAUUACAUUACAUUAUAUUUUUCUGGAAUAUAUGUAUUGGUUUGGUGUCGAAAAGCAUGGAAAAUAAAAAUUGUUGCAUUGAU